GUCACACUCCACACUACUCCUCCCUCCUCCUUGCAUACAGGCCGGUCAGCGUGCCAGUGCGUGACAACUUCUCUCCCUCUUGUUUCUCAUCUUUGCUCAACAUGCGACGCGGGACCUGUGCCAACCGUUUGCCUGCAGCGUUACUUCAGUGAUGGUGAUCAAGUGGUUCCACGGCACCCGAUUGAAGAUUGGAUGCAACUAGAACUAUGGUUCCAUUAAAAUGGGGGGCAUGGGCCCUGUCUCCCUGCGGCGUUGUGCUCGCCAUGUGUGUACUUGUGUGUCUGUCGCAGCCGCCCCCUACCAAACCUGAAGACUGUGAUCGAAAGGAACAUCCGGUCGCGUCCAACCAAGGUCUAAAAUCAUGGGUGUCGGAGUUCUCACACCCAGGAGUGAAGGACUUCUCUCAAUUGGCUGUGGACCUGAGCACAAAGCAGAUUAUUGUGGGAGCGAGAAACUUUCUCUUCAGCCUGAGUUUGGACAAUGCCUCACUUAUACAGGCAACAAAAUGGACACCCGAUGAAGACACAAUGCACUCAUGCAAAAGCAAGGGGAAGUCCGAGGUAGUUCUUGAAGUCCCUGUUCAAAAUGUAAUCGAUUACGUUUGCUCAUGUCAUACUUGUAUGCAGGAGGAGUGUCAAAACUACGUACGAGUUUUAUUGCUCAGCGGGAGGACGCUUGUAACAUGUGGGACCAAUGCUUUCACUCCUGUCUGCACGACAAGGCAGAUUGACAACAUCAGUCAGGUGUUUGACACAGUGAACGGUGUUGCCCGAUGUCCGUAUGACCCCCGCCACAACUCCACCGCCAUGAUUUCGGAGAUGGGCGAGCUGUACGCGGCCACGGUGAUUGACUUUUCUGGACGCGACCCAGUCAUCUACAGGAGCCUGGGAAACAUGCAACCACUGCGCACAGCCCAGUAUAACUCUAAAUGGCUUAAUGAGCCUCAGUUUGUAUCUGCUUAUGACAUUGGCCGAUUUGCCUACUUCUUCCUGAGGGAAACUGCUGUUGAAAACGACUGUGGAAAGAUGGUGUUCUCUCGCGUGGCCCGAGUGUGUAAAAACGACAUGGGCGGUCGUUUCCUUUUGGAGGACACCUGGACUACCUUUAUGAAGGCUCGAUUAAACUGCUCACGCUCAGGAGAAAUCCCCUUUCAUUACAACGAACUGCAGAGCACCUUCUACUUACCAGAGCAGGACUUGAUCUAUGGCAUUUUUACAACUAAUGUAAACAGCAUGUCGGCAACUGCUGUUUGUGCCUACAACCUGACUGCCAUCACACGAGCUUUCAAUGGACCUUUCCGCUACCAGGAGAACCCCCGGACUGCCUGGCUCUCUGCGCCAAAUCCCAUACCCAAUUUCCAGUGUGGCACGCUGGAUGAAGGAGGCAUUGGUGGGAACCUGACUGAACGCAACCUCCAAGAUGCUCAGCGGCUCUUUCUGAUGCACGAUGUGGUACAGCCGGUGACGGUCAACCCUCUGCUCACCCAGGACAACGUACGCUUCUCUAAGCUAGUAGUGGACAUUGUGCAGGGCCGCGAUGCCCUUUACCACGUCAUGUACAUCGGCACUGAAUAUGGCAGCAUCUUGAAGACUCUCGCUACAACAAAUGCAACUCUUCAUGGCUGCUACCUGGAGGAGCUCAAGAUCCUUCCUGAAGGGCAAACCGGCUCAAUCAAGAGCCUCCAGAUCCUACACGGUGACAAAUCUUUGUUUGUGGGGCUUGAUGACAGACUGGUGAAAAUCCCAUUACAACGAUGCUACGGCCAUCUAACACAGCGACACUGCCUAGAAGCCCGGGACCCAUAUUGUGGCUGGGAUCGCAAACAGGAGCGUUGUACAACCUUUGAAGAGAGCAUCGACAUCAACCAGUGGGCCCAGAACAUCACCCAGUGCCCGGUGAGGAAUCUGAAGCAAGAUGGUGGCUUCGGCCCCUGGGCACCAUGGCAACCCUGUAACCACAAUGACGGCGAGGGUUACAUCAGCAGUUGCAUUUGCCGCUCCCGCUCGUGUGAUGGACCUGUGCCCCGAUGCGGUGGGGUCAACUGUAAAGGUCCAAACAUUCAGGUGGCCAACUGCUCCAGGAAUGGUGGCUGGACUCCCUGGUCUUCAUGGGGCCAUUGUAGCAGCAGUUGUGGUGUUGGUUUUGAAGUGAGGCAGCGGUCCUGCAACAACCCCUCACCUCGUUACGGAGGUCGAAUCUGUGUUGGCCAAGGUCGAGAGGAGAGGCUGUGCAAUGAAAAAAAUACAUGCCCAUUACCAGUGCUUUGGACUACGUGGGGGCCCUGGGCUCAAUGCAGUGCUGAAUGUGGAGGAGGGGUACACUCCAGGACCAGAACUUGUGAGAAUGGAAACACCUGUCCCGGAUGUGCCGUGGAGUAUAAGACUUGUAACCUGGAGGCCUGCCCUGAGGUGCGUCGCAACACCCCGUGGACUUCCUGGAUGCCAGUCAACAUCAGCCAAGAUGGAUCACGCCAAGAACAGAGAUAUAGAUACACGUGCCGGGCAUUGCUAAGAGAUGUCCAGCAACUUCAAUUAGGAAAGAAGAAAAUAGAGACCAGGUUUUGUCCAAAUGACGGUUCUGGAACCUGCCAGACCGACUCUCUGGUUGAUGACUUGGUAAAGUCAGGUGGCCGGACUUUGUCACAACCCAAAGAUGCAUACUGGAGUUCUUGGGAAACAUGGUCUACCUGUUCCCAGCAAUGUUCCAGAGGCUUUCGAAGUCGGAGACGUGGUUGCUCAACAGCAGAGGGCAAAAUCGGUCCAAGUGCAUGUAUUGGAUCCCCGGUGGAUUAUCAAGAUUGCAACAUGCAACCUUGCCAAGUGAGCGGAGCCUGGUCAUGUUGGUCUACAUGGACCCAAUGUACUGUGAGUUGUGGGGGUGGCCAUUUCCAGCGGACGAGGUCAUGUGACAAUCCACCUCCUGCCAAUGGAGGUGGGAUCUGUAUUGGUCUACACACCGAAGAGGCACUUUGCAAUACACACACUUGUGAAGGCUGGGGUCUGUGGUCAGACUGGGGGGACUGCGAUGAGGAGGGCCUGCAGUAUCGCUCUCACUCCUGUGGUGAAAACCAGGAAGCUAAUUUGUGCCAGGGUAACAUAAGUCAGGCCAGACCAUGCCAGACACACGAGGUGGCAGUGAUUUUGCCUGAACAGGAUGACCACAACUGUGGAACUUUCACAUUGUUCCAACUGGUCGCUGUGGGAAUGGCCAGUUUUUGUGCAGCUGCCCUCUUGUCAGCAUUGGCCGUCGCUUACUGCCAUCAUUUGAACCGACCCUCGGUAGAGUCAGUCGUCAUCCACCCCAGCACGCACAACCACCUUACCUACAACAAGCACGAUAACACCACGCCAAAGAAUGAGAAGUACAUUCCGAUGGAGGUCGUGAUGCUACACAAGAACAAUCUUCACGUAAACGACGACACCAACCGCCACUUCCCUUCCCCCGUCCCUUCCAGCAACAUGUUCACCACCACGUACUACCCGCCCAACUUGAGCAAGUAUGACUUUCCACCGGAAGCACCAUGCAGGCCCUACGUCCACAGCUAACAGCUCAUCAGCUGAAACUAAAUCACCAAAAUCGCCCUGGUGUUCAUGGGCGCUAAACUACCCAAAUGAAUUUUUAUUGUCUUGUAGCACACAUUACCAACAUCUCGACCAAACACUGUCAUAUUGUUUGGUAACUGAGCGAUCAAAAAAAAAAAAAAAAAAGAAAGACAUAAACAAAACCGUGAAGGAUCCGCUAAGAAAGCACAUAUACUAUUAUUACUAUUUUGUUUCCUUAAAAAAUAGACAUACCGGUAGGUGUGCUACAUAGCUAACAAGAUGGGAUGCUGUAGUUUGGACCGUUUCGGACAUCUGCUAUUUGGAGAAGAAAAAUAUGAAUGAAAACAGUAAAAUGACGUAUUGUGACGCACCUGCAGAGCAAAGACACUAAGUAAGGCCUACUGAAGUCAUUUAGCACAAAACAACAGAAGACGCCAACUGACCUUCCUUGGGAUGAUGAGAGUGUAGAGUUUUCUUCUUUAUUAAAGAAGAAGUCAACCCCAAAAUGUUCUUUUCAAUAAGAUGUUGUAUGUGCCCCCACUAGUCCAAAUAGAGUAUUCAGAAAAAUAAUAAAAAUAAAAGCAGGUUGGUUUUGCCUGUUUGAUUCAAAUUCUACAAACAAAACAUAAAUCACAACACAGGGUUUCAACCAGUUGGGCUGCACAGAACAAAAUUUGGCGGUUGACUUCCCCUUUAACGACUUCAAAAGAAUGAUUUGUUCACAGACACUAUAUGCGUUUGGUUUUUCACCAAUAUGACUUUACCUGCCAGAAGACUUUCCUGGAGAAAAACUGCAUACUGAAAUGUUCAAAUGUAGAGUUCAUAGUUUUGUAUUGAAAGGCAUCAGUGUGUUUUGAACACUGAACUGCUGAUGUUCAAUAUGGUGAUAUUUUUAUAUGUCCCUGUUCAUAAACGUCCAUAAACAUGUCAA